AUGUCUACUCACCCUAAAGUCUUUCUUAUCACGGGCUGUUCCUCCGGUCUGGGGUACUCUCUUGCCAAGGCAGCCAUCGCAGCCGGCCACAAAGUCAUCGCAACCUCACGGAACCCCUCCAAAACACCCGACAAGGUCGCCGAAAUCACCUCCUUGGGUGGGAUCUGGGCCACAUUGGACGUGUCAUCAUCAUCUUUGGAAAGCCAGUUCCAAGAUACGAUCCUGCCCUUGGUCCACGGCAAGAUUGACGUCCUCAUAAACAACGCCGGCAUUGCCGGCGGGUCCGUCUUCGAGGACUUCGAGAUAGACCUCGCGAGGGCAAUCUUCGAGACGAAUGUUUGGGGUAUCAUGAGGCUCAGCAGGCUCCUCGUCCCACUGAUGAGGGCCCAGGGAGGUGGCACGAUUGUCAACAUCUCCAGCACCACGGCGGUCUACCCGAUGCCCACGAUCGCGGUGUAUUCCGCAAGCAAGGGUGCAGUGGACGCCUUCUCGACGGCACUGGCAGCAGAAGUCGCCCACUUGAACAUCCGCCUGCUCAUCGCCACCCCCGCGGGAAUCCGCACGCCUUUCGUAGACAAUAGCAUCAGCGCCAGCAAGGAUGCUUCGCUGAGGCCGGAGUACAAAGACGCCGCGCUGGAGUCUAUGCUAGCUAUGGUGCAUGACCCGAAGAGCUACAAGAUUGAUCCCGAUCGGGCGGCAAUAGUAAUUGUGCAGGCUGUGGAUGGUACAGGCCCGUUCGAGGACAAGGGAUCCGACUUUCUCAGGGUUCCGCUCGGCGAAGACACGCUGGGUAUGUUGCAGGGACGGAUUGGAGAGUUGAACACGGCUGUUCAUAAUUUCUCGGAUGUCGCUAAGAGUGUUGAUUUUGAGACUUGA